AGCAAUUCACCGCACAAGUUCCCCACCAUACUUUGUGCCCUCAUCAACACCAAGAUGCUUUUCUCCAAGGUUGUUCUUAUGUUGUCGACACUCUUUGUCACUUUAUUGGCCACUGCUCACCCAGACCCGCCCAGUCAAAGAGAGCACGGCUCCAACGCUCUAUCCCUACGGGACAUUUCUACAGCCGACCUAAUUGACGACAUUUACUCUUCCUUCGAUGACUUCGAAGGAUCAGAUCAUCUCAUAGGACGGCAACAACCGGUGAAGGGAAGCAGAGUCGAGCUCACUGACAACCCAAGCAAGAAAGGCAUUGUCGAGGAUGUCCGUCUUAAAACAUCUGGGGAACAGACCUUUCGUGUAACAUGGGACGAUGAUGUUAAGCAUCCCGGUUAUUACAAGGGCGGCAAACUCACUGUCAUCUGAAGUUGUAAAACAUGGUCAGCAAAGCUGUCUUGGUAGUACAAAGAUGUAUUUAAGAAAAGCAAAUAGGUGUAUGUGACUGUGAG